AUGGCGCAAAGAUCGAGACAGCCGCAGGAGACGCAGGAGACGCAGCAGGCCGCAAAGAGGAAGAAACGAGCGCUGUCGACUCACCCGCAGAAAGGAGGCCCUGCCUGUGAAGAAGUAAGAAGAAGAGAAAGACGAGUGAAACCACGGCCAGACAGGCGGGCAAAAGAGGACGACUGCGUGAGACCGCGGGGCGCCCUGCUUCCUGGAGAAGAGAAGGAGAGGCACAACAGGGGGUCUGAGGCGGUUCUAAAGCGGUUCUUGGUUGGGGGCCAUCUUGCCGUCGCCGUUGCUGUUGUUGCUAUUGUUGUUGCUAUUGUUGCUGUUGCUGCUGGUGGUGGUGCUGCUAGUGCUGCUGCUGCUGAUGUUGUUGUUAUUGUUGUUGUUGUUGUUGUUGUUGUUGUUGUUGUUGUUGUUAUUGUUAUUGUUGAUGUUGAUGUUGUUAUUAUUGUUGUUGAUAUGGUCAUAUACGCUACCCAAGCAGUCUUUUAUACCACUGGAUUCUCAAAUUAUAGGAAGCUGCUCCUUACAUUACAGUAG